CUGACUUGCGCCUUCGUCCCAUCAUUUCGUCUACUUUUCUCCCAUGGAAGUUCUCGGGCAUUGAUUUCGAACCUUUUCAUCUAAUGGCAUCACAAUUUGAAAACUUUCUCUGGUGUUGAUCGUCAAAUAUAUGAUCUCAUCCUUGCACGCGACAAAAGUCAACAAAACGCGUCAAUUCAAGCCUGCUUUCCACAGUUGAGGAUCGGCCCGCAGCCUCGUCCAACACCAAUCCAACUCGAAAGGUAAGACAAGACAACCCCAGCACCACGAAUUUCGCGAUACGCAUUGGAGAAACUCAGCGGAUACUUCUUCAAAGACCAAGGACUUCUACCACCUGCAUUCCUCCUCGCAGCAAGUUCCCUCGCCGCACCGGCUAUCGUGCGGCCAUGAGUCUCCUCACUCCGCGAGGGAUCGCUGAAAUGCGCGCGAACCUGCAGGAGGCAGUGGUAAAAUGCUCUGAAAGAUGUCUUUAUCAGUCAGCCAAAUGGGCAGCGGAACUCCUCGAUUCACUGCCUUCCUCCGAAGAAUCCAUCAAGCCUGAGGAUUCGCAGAUGACUGAAGUACCAUCGACUCCCCUACCACCUAUUGUCCUUACUGGCAACCCUGACGCCGAAGAAUCCAUAUUGGAAGCGAAAGAGAUAAAUAAAUACCUGCUGGCCAAAUCAUUCUUCGAUUGUCGCGAAUUCGAUCGAUGUGCAGCUGUUUUCUUGCCAGAUACUGUUCUGUCCGGGAUUUUAUCAACUGCUACCGCAAAAAGCCCAAAUGUAACUACGCCACAAGGAAAAGGGAAGACAAGGGUAUCGGCGACUCGCACAAGUGCGACCACGGUACCUAUACCCAAGCUCAGUCAGAAGAGCUUGUUCCUGGCGUUAUAUGCCAAAUUCAUGUCCGGGGAGAAGAAGAAAGAUGAGGAUAGCGAAAUGGUUAUGGGCCCACAUGACGGGGGAAGUGCGGUUAAUAAGCAAUUGAUUGUAAUAAGUCGGUUCCUCGAGACUUGGUUCCUUGAGCAUACCAAUGAGCAUGGGGUUGUGGAAGGUAGCCAAGGAUGGCUUGAGUACUUAUACGGCAUGGUGCUUGCAAAGGACAAGAAUGAAUCCCAAGCCAUGCACUGGUUGAUUCAAAGUGUUCAAUUAUAUCAAAUGAAUUGGAGCUGUUGGCUGGAAAUGACCUCUUUGAUUGGAAGAAUUGAGGAACUCAAUCAACUAUACUCCAUCGUUCCAGCACACAUCUUUGGUUUUAUUUUCCACAUACACACCGCCCUCGAAUUGUAUCAGUCCAAUCAGGAACUUGCCGAUAACUUAAGCAAAUUACUCUCGAUAUUCCCAACAAGUCCUUUCAUCCUCACAUGUGUGGCUCUAUUGGCUUAUCACACCAAAGACUUUGUCACUGCCGACGCUCACUUCAGCCAUUUAUUAGCUCUUCAUCCACAUCGACUCGAUUCAUUAGAUCACUAUUCGAAUAUCCUUUAUGUUAUGAACCUACGGCCAAAGCUGUCAUUCCUCGCCCAUCUCUGUUCUGCUGUGGAUAAAUUCCGUCCAGAAUCUUGUGUCGUGAUUGGAAAUUAUUACUCCUUGCUCUCGUCACAUGAAAAAGCAGUUCAGUAUUUCCGUCGAGCACUCACUCUCGAUCGAUCAUGUUUGAGCGCAUGGACCCUGAUGGGACACGAAUAUGUCGAGUUAAAGAAUACACACGCAGCCAUCGAAUCAUAUCGAAGAGCGGUGGAUGUCAAUAGGAGAGACUACAGAGCGUGGUACGGACUGGGUCAAACGUACGAAGUGCUGGAAAUGCAUGCGUACGCACUAUGGUACUACAAACGAGCAGCAGGUUUGAGACCAUGGGAUGGCAAGAUGUGGAUGGCUGUUGGAUCAUGUCUUCAGAAAAUGGGACGUGAUCUAGAAGGCAUCAAGGCAUUGAAGAGAGCCCUCCAAGCUGACAGCUACUACGAUGCCGGGGUCGGUAGCUCCUUUGGAAGUGGAGGUCGAGAGAGGGCUACAAUCAUGGACCCAGAAAUCUUACUCCAGAUCGCAGGGAUGUACGAGCGACUCGAAGACGAAGCAGAAGCAAAAUCAUACAUGGAGAUGUGUGUCGCUCAAGAAGAAGGAGCAGCUGAAAAUCUCGAGUCUUCAGUCAUCAAUAUUCACGCCGACUCGCAAUCCUCAGACGACGAUGCGCGGCCCCAAGGAGGAGGCGGAGGUAGUGGAGAGACAGGUACGGGAGUCACUGCUGCGACGUCGAAAGCCCGGAUGUGGCUGGCAAAAUUUGCUAUGAGGACGGGUGAUUAUAAUCGAGCUAUGCAAUUGGCGACGGAGCUUUGUCAGGAUGGCGUGGAGGUUGAGGAGGCGAAAGCGUUGGUUAGAGAGGUUAGGGUUAGACAGGAGGCUGGUGGAAAUCCUUAG